UACAUGGAGGAGAGCAGUAACAAGGACCAUCGGGCUUUGCUCAAUCAAGGAGAGGAGAAUGAACUGGAGCUGUUUGGUUACCAUACCCAGAAUCUACGGAGAGUCCUGUGCCUUGUCACAUCCGUGCUGACUGGAGGGGUUCUUCAGCUGGUGCUCUAUUGGAAGCCUGAGUGGAGGGUGUGGGCCAACUGCACCCCAUGCCCUUUGCAAGAAGCAGACACUAUUUUGCUGAGGACAACAGAUGAAUUUCAAAGAUACAUGAGGAAGAAGGUGCUCUGUCUACCCUUAUCCACACUGAAAUUUCCCAUAAGCAAGAACCCAGAAGAGCCUUUGGUGGCGGACAGCCACUCUGUCAUAAACCAAGCUGUAACAAAGCCUGAAUUAAAAUUGCGAUGCAUCCAAGUACAAAAAAUCAGAUAUGUUUGGGAUUACUUGGAGAAGCGGUUUCGGAAAGUUGGGUUGUUAGAAGACAGUAACUCCUGUUAUGACAUCCACCACACGUUUGGAUUGGGUCUGAGCAGUGAAGAGCAAGAAAUCAGAAGACUAGUGUGUGGACCCAAUGCCAUUGAGGUUGAAAUCCAGCCCAUAUGGAAGCUGCUUGUCAAACAGGUUUUAAAUCCAUUCUAUGUGUUCCAAGCCUUCACACUCACUUUGUGGCUAUCUCAAGGUUACGUAGAAUACUCUGUGGCCAUCAUCAUUUUGACCUUUAUCUCCAUUGUGUUAAGUGUGUAUGAUUUACAGCAGCAAUCAGUUAAGCUGCACAACCUUGUGGAGGAUCACAACAAAGUCCAGGUUACAAUCAUGGUAAAAGACAAAGGUCUGCAGGAGCUGGAGUCCCGUCUCUUGGUUCCCGGAGAUACUCUUAUUCUUCCAGGAAAAAUUUCAUUGCCCUGUGAUGCUGUUCUUAUUAAUGGGAGCUGUGUAGUGAAUGAAGGCAUGCUCACAGGAGAAAGUAUACCUGUUACAAAAACACCACUGCCCCAAAUGGAGAGCACCAUGCCUUGGAAAUCCCACAGCUUGGAAGACUACAGGAAACACGUGCUUUUCUGUGGAACAGAAGUGAUCCAGGUUAAGCCCUCUGGGCAGGGCCCUGUAAGAGCCGUGGUUCUGCAGACAGGUUAUAAUACAGCAAAAGGGGACCUGGUGAGAUCCAUCCUCUACCCUCGGCCUCUAAACUUCAAGUUAUACAGUGAUGCCUUCAAGUUCAUGGUGUUCCUUGCCUGCCUUGGUGUUGUGGGCUUUUUCUAUGCCCUAGGAGUAUAUAUGUACCAUGAAGUCCCUCCAAGGGAUACUGCAACCAUGGCCCUGAUCCUUCUCACUGUGACGGUCCCUCCUGUGCUGCCAGCUGCCCUGACCAUAGGGAUUGUGUAUGCCCAGAAGAGGCUGAAGAAAAAGAAAAUCUUCUGUAUCUCCCCACAGAGAAUCAAUAUGUGUGGACAAAUCAACCUCGUUUGCUUUGACAAAACAGGUACUCUUACAGAAGAUGGGUUGGACCUCUGGGGGACUGUCCCCACUGCUGACAACUGUUUCCAGGAAGUCCACAGCUUUGUCUUGGACAAGGCUUUGCCAUGGGGCCCACUGUGUGCUGCCAUGGCCAGCUGCCACUCUCUGAUCCUUCUUGAUGGAACCAUCCAGGGAGACCCUCUGGACCUCAAAAUGUUUGAAGGCACUGCCUGGAAAAUGGAAGACUGCAAUAUAGACUCCUACAAAUUUGGUAUGUCAGACUCAAACACGAUAAUAAAACCAGGACCAAAAGCCAGUCAGAGUCCUGUGGAAGCCAUCACCAUCUUGCGCCAGUUUCCAUUUUCCUCAAGCCUGCAGAGGAUGUCUGUGGUCGUUCAGUUGGCUGGAGAAGGUCACUUCCAUGUCUACAUGAAGGGUGCCCCAGAGAUGGUGGUCAGGUUCUGCAAAUCUGAAACAGUGCCUGAGAAUUUUCCCCAGGAACUAAGGAGCUACACAGUUCAAGGCUUCCGUGUCCUUGCUCUUGCCCAUAGACCCCUGAAGGUGGGGAAGCUUUCAGAAGUGGAGCAGUUAGCAAGGGAGACAGUGGAGUCAGAGUUAACAUUUUUGGGACUUCUCAUAAUGGAGAAUCGCCUGAAAAAGGAAACCAAACCAGUCCUGAAGGAACUGAGCGAGGCCUGCAUCCGGACUGUGAUGGUUACUGGUGACAAUCUACAAACAGCUAUUACAGUUGCAAAGAAUUCUGAAAUGAUUCCUCCGGGCAGCCAAAUCAUCAUUGUGGAAGCCAAUGAGCCAGAAGAGCUUAUUCCUGCUUCUGUGACCUGGCAGCUGGUAGAGAGCCAAGAGAUGGGACCUAGGAAGAAUGAGACCUACAUUAACACCGGAAACAGUUCCAUACCUGAUGGGGACAGAGGAAGCCGUUACCAUUUUGCAAUGAGUGGGAAAACAUACCAAGUGAUAUUUCAGCAUUUCUACAGCUUGCUCCCAAAAAUUCUGGUAAAUGGAACCAUUUUUGCAAGAAUGUCUCCUGCGCAAAAAUCAAGUCUUAUUGAAGAAUUUCAGAAAUUAAAUUAUUAUGUGGGCAUGUGUGGAGAUGGAGCCAAUGACUGUGGGGCUUUGAAAAUGGCUCAUGCAGGCAUCUCACUAUCAGAGCAAGAAGCAUCUGUGGCAUCGCCUUUUACCUCAAAAACAGCAAACAUCGAGUGUGUGCCUCAUCUGAUCAGAGAGGGCCGAGCUGCUCUGGUUUCAUCCUUUGGGAUAUUUAAGUACUUGACCAUGUAUGGCAUAAUCCAGUUUGUUGGAACAUUACUGCUCUACUGGCAACUACAACUUUUUGGGAAUUACCAGUAUCUCAUGCAAGAUGUGGCCAUUACCUUGAUGGUCUGUUUAACAAUGAGUUCAACUCAUGCCUACCCAAAACUGGCUCCAUAUCGUCCAGCAGGACAACUUCUUUCUCCCCCUUUGCUGCUCUCAGUCUUUUUGAAUUCCUGUUUUACCUGCAUCGUGCAGGUGUGUGCAUUCCUGUACGUGAAGCAGCAGCCUUGGUAUUGUGAGGUCUACCGAGACAGUGAGUGCUUUUUGGCCAACCAAAGUAAUUUCUCUACCAAUAUGAGUUUGGAAAGAAACUGGACUGGAAAUGCAACUCUGAUCCCUGGUUCAGUUCUAAGUUUUGAAACUACCACGCUGUGGCCCAUCGUCACCAUCAACUGCAUCACAGUGGCAUUUAUUUUUUCUAAGGGAAAGCCAUUUCGAAAACCCAUCUACACAAACUAUGUAUUUUCAUUUCUGCUGACAUCUGCCUUGGGCAUCACAAUUUUCAUUCUAUUUUCUGAUUUUCAAGAUAUAUACCUUAAAAUGGAGUUCAUCCCAACCAUAACAUCAUGGAGAGUUUCAAUUUUGGUGACAUCCUUUCUCCAAUUCUGUGUGGCCUUCUUUGUAGAGGAUGCUGUUCUUCAAAAUCGAGAGCUCUGGCUGCUAAUCAAGAGAGAAUUUGGAUUCCACUCCAAAAGUCAGUAUAGGAACUGGCAAAAAAAGCUGGCAGAAGACUCUACCUGGCCUCCCAUCGACAAGACAGAUUAUUCAGGCAAUGGCAAAAAUGGAUUCUACAUCAACAGAGGCUAUGAAAGUCCUGAACAGGUUCCCAAAGAAAAACUCAAAUUGGGAGGCCAAACCACAGAACAACACUUUUGGACCAGACUGUGA